AAACCUCCUCAAAUUCGUGAGACUCUUUCUGUCACUCUCAUUCUCUCGCCGCUCUUUUUCUUUCAAUUUUUUUUCCCUAUUUUUUUAUUUAAUUCUCCCGGUAUAUUCCGGCGAGUUAGUUAGGGUUCUGGUAAGAAUGGCAUUGCUGUCAGAUCUGGGGACGGAGAUCGUGAUUCCGGCGUGCGCCGUCAUCGGAAUCAUCUUCUCACUCGUUCAGUGGUUCGUCGUCUCCCGCGUCAAGGUCUCGGCAGAGCGCGCCGGAGACGCGGUGGCCAAGAACGGGAAGAAUGGGUGCGCCGACUACUUGAUUGAAGAGGAGGAAGCCAUUAAUGACCACAACGUCGUCGCCAAGUGCGCCGAGAUUCAGAACGCCAUUUCUGAGGGUGCUACAUCUUUCUUGUUUACGGAAUACCAAUAUGUGGGAAUUUUCAUGGUUGCUUUCGCAGUCCUCAUCUUCCUGUUCCUGGGUUCAGUUGAGGGUUUCAGCACAAGUUUCCGGCCUUGUACUUAUGAUCAGGAGAAGCUUUGCAAGCCUGCUCUUGCAACUGCUAUCUUCAGUACAGUUUCCUUCUUGCUUGGUGCCAUCACCUCUGUCGUUUCUGGUUCCUCCUCGGGAUGAAAAUUGCAACCUAUGCAAAUGCAAGGACAAACAUUGGAAGCUAGAAAAGGUGUUGGAAAAGCUUUCACAUUGUUGCAUUCAGAUCUGGCGCAGUUAUGGGUUUUCUGCUUGCUGCAAAUGGCCUAUUGGUUUAUACAUUACCAUCAAUCUAUUCAAGAUCUACUAUGGUGAUGAUUGGGAAGGACUUUUUGAGGCAAUCACUGGAUAUGGUCUUGGUGGAUCCUCCAUGGCUUUGUUCGGAAGAGUCGGGGGUGGUAUUUACACCAAGGCUGCUGAUGUUGGGGCAGAUCUUGUUGGAAAGGUUGAAAGGAAUAUUCCCGAAGAUGAUCCUAGGAACCCUGCUGUGAUUGCUGACAAUGUUGGUGAUAAUGUUGGAGAUAUUGCUGGAAUGGGGUCUGAUCUUUUUGGUUCGUACGCUGAGGCAUCUUGUGCUGCUCUUGUCGUGGCUUCGAUAUCAUCUUUUGGAAUUACCCAUGACUUCACUGGAAUGUGCUAUCCGUUGCUUAUUAGUUCCAUGGGUAUCCUGGUCUGUUUAAUCACUACUCUCUUUGCUACUGACUUUUUUGAGAUAAAGGCUGUCAAGGAGAUUGAACCAGCAUUAAAGAAUCAACUUAUCAUAUCCACUAUUCUUAUGACUGUGGGAAUUGCAAUUGUCACCUGGACUUGCCUGCCAUCAUCAUUCACAAUCUUCAAUUUUGGUGUUCAGAAAGAUGUGAAAAACUGGCAGCUAUUCCUCUGCGUUUGUGUUGGACUUUGGGCUGGACUUAUCAUUGGAUUUGUGACUGAAUAUUACACCAGCAAUGCCUACAGCCCUGUCCAAGAUGUUGCUGAUUCCUGCAGAACCGGUGCUGCAACCAAUGUUAUAUUUGGGCUUGCCUUGGGAUACAAAUCAGUCAUUAUUCCCAUUUUUGCCAUUGCUGUUGGCAUCUUUGUUAGUUUCACAUUUGCUGCUAUGUAUGGUAUUGCUGUAGCAGCUCUGGGAAUGCUAAGCACAAUUGCUACUGGUUUAGCCAUUGAUGCUUAUGGCCCCAUCAGUGAUAAUGCUGGAGGUAUAGCUGAGAUGGCUGGCAUGAGCCACAGGAUUCGUGAGAGGACUGAUGCCCUUGAUGCUGCUGGGAACACCACUGCUGCUAUUGGAAAGGGUUUUGCCAUUGGGUCUGCUGCACUCGUCUCGUUGGCACUUUUUGGCGCCUUUGUGAGCCGUGCUGGAAUUUCUUCUGUUGAUGUUCUGACGCCCAAAGUCUUCAUUGGAUUGCUUGUUGGAGCUAUGCUGCCGUACUGGUUCUCUGCCAUGACCAUGAAGAGUGUGGGAAGCGCAGCUUUGAAGAUGGUGGAGGAAGUCCGCAGGCAGUUCAACACCAUCCCGGGUCUAAUGGAGGGUCUUGCC